AUGACAGAAGCAGUCCCAAAGAGUCACAGAAAGAAAAAAUCCCGUGAUGGGAAAACUGAAAAUAAAAACGCAGAAAAGAUGAAAAAUACAGAAGCAACGGAAGAAAAUAUGAAAAAUGAAGUUGAAAAGGAAGAGGAAAAGGCGGAAGAAAGAAUACUGGAAGAAGAAGAAGAAGAAUAUAAAACCAAGAAGAUUGAAGAAAAUAUAGAUCUGUCUGAAGAUUAUGAGUAUCUUGAUAUGGAAAAUGAAAUCCUAGUUAUGGAAGAAGAAGAACGCCAAAGAAAAUACAGGAACCUACGGCUUGAAGUAGACGCAAAUGGGAGACCUAAAGUUCCAAAUUUGUUUAAGAAGAAAAGACGACCUGCCCGACCCAACAUUGUCCAGAGGUACUGGAAGCAAAGAUUAGAAAGAGCGCCGAAACCCUCAGCACAGACAAGCGGAGAUAAAAACAAGGGUAAACAGCCGUACAGUAGAAGAAGGGCUGCAGGGCAACCAAAUGGUGCUAGAAUUGCUAAAGCAGUAAAGACAACAACUGAAUCAAAUUCAAAAGCAAAUGAUGAUAUGGGACUUGAAAUUGGAGCUUUAAUGGCUUUAAGCAGUAUGCCAUUUACAAAGGAAAGUCCAGGAAAAGAAGAAGUAUUUGAGGAGGAUAGUAUUACUGCAGCUAAAUCAGCAGCAAAGAAAGCUAAUUUAGACAUUCCCAUAUCAACUCCAGCUGAAACUCCCUAUGUUCCAUCUUUUAAACACUUUCCUUCCCAAGCUGUGCCUGUUCAUUCCUUGCCUCCUUCAAAUAAAUACUUUGGUCAUGAAGAUCAUAUUCCUGGAAUCGGUGCAACACCUGGACCUGAACUUGGAAAUGGGUUUGAAGCUGUUGGUAUUACGCCAGGAUCUGAUCAGCCACAGGGUCUAGGGUCCUUUCCGGACUCCCCAACAACCCUUUUCUUUGGGGACAUACCAGUACACAGUAGAGGGGAGCCAGGGGACCAACCUUUGACUAUUGCUGCUCUUCAUCAGAUAGCAGGACAUGGUCCAGAGCCGAGAGAGCUUUCUCUUCAUCACAGUGUACAGAAUCAGUUAGAUCAUCCUAAGAUUGAUCAGCAUUCAUCAGAAGCACCUUCAGAGCUUACAACUCCAUUCAGCUAUUCUCCCCUUGUUGAUUCUAACAGUGUGUCUACUACUCCAUCAUCCUUUGCCACCCAAGGAGGGUUUCAAACUUCAAGCUUCAAUUAUAAAGACCUUUCCUACAAUCCUUAUUCUGGCUUUCAAUAUCCUUCUUAUCAACAAAAUCCCCAGUAUUCAAACUAUCCUUACCCUUAUCCUGCUUCUUCUUACAAUCCUCAUCCUGAAGUUCCGCCAAGCUUGCAUUUUAGUGAACUUGUGACAAAUCCUCAUCCAACAACAACAACAAGGAGGACAACAGCAUCAACCAGUAGAACAUUUCCACCAUAUGUUUCAUCCACAACCAUUAGGAGCACUACCCUCAAUUCUGAUGAGCAUGUAGCUGUCAGUUCACUUCCUUACAGACCAACUCCAGUCCCCCAUCAUCCAACGUAUGAGAGAACUACAUCUGUACCAACACAUUUUGCAAGCUUGCCCCUUAGACAACAUAGCCAAGGAUACUCUCCUAAACUAGAAUAUGGAUCAGUUCAUCAAACUGUAAACUCAAACCCAUUCAUAGGUCCUGUACCAAACUUUAGAGAAGCUUCUCAUUCACCUUCCCUCCAUUUAUCCCUGGAAAAUGAAAUUGCUCCUUUUUCACCUAAACCAGAUCAUGCAUUACCACAUCAACAGGUAGUUUUGGAUAAUUUGCUCCCUCAUCCUCACGCUGGACUUGAUCAUCAUCUUGCAAAAGAAGAUCUUCCUCCAAUUCCACGACCAACACCUCAACCUGCCCUGUUUACUCCAACCCCACAACCAUCACAUGACCCUAGUUUUGGAGGUUAUCAGUACACUACUAGACAUAGCUAUGUCAAGGUUCAAAGAGGUUCAAAUUUUGACAUUUCCGGUGGGGUUCCAUAUCCCUUCAGUGAUGACCAGAGUUAUCCCAAAAUAUCAACCCAGCAUCCUCUGAUCAGUAUUCCGACACCCCUUCCUCAUCAUGCUAGAACAGAACAUGUAGUGCAGCCACUGCAGGCUCUUCAUUUUGAUGCUGAAGUUCAACCACCUCUAGAUUCUCAUCAAAUUCCACAUCACUCUGCCUCUAGCACCCAUCCCCCUCCAUUGCCAAGCUAUCAACAUCAUAAUCAAGAACCAAUUGGAGUUCUACAUUUUCCAGCCAUUCCUCCUCAAGAUCAUGAUUCAAACCUCCCUGUUCAAGAUUUAUCAUUACUUCCUCUUCAUUCUCCUAUUUUACAUGAAACUCAAAAUCAUCAACCCACUGUAUCUUCACUUCCUGUACAACAUUCUCCUUCCCUUCCUCCAAUAGAUUCAUCCCAUCCUCAUCAUUCCGCCUACCUUCCACCAAAAUAUCAUCAUCACCCAACCCAGACACCACAUGUAGCACAUCAUUCUACUUCUCUUCCUUUGAGAGUAAAUCAUCAUCCUACUCAGGACCCUCAUGAAGCAAACCAUUUAACUUCCCUUCCUCUUCAAGUUGAUCAUAAUCCUACACAGGCCCCACAUCUAGCACAUCAUUCUACUUCCCUGCCUCUUCAAUUCGGUCAAAAUCCUACUCAGGCCCCACAUGUAGCACACCAUUCUACUUCCCUUCCUUUGCGAGAUAGUCAUAAUCCUACUCAAGCCCCACAUGUAGCACACCAUUCUACUUCCCUUCCAUUGCAAGAUAGUCAUAAUCCUACUCAGGCCCCACAUAAAGUAGCACAUCACUCAACUUCACUACCUUUGCGAGUUGGUCGUCAGCCACUACAUGCAGCAUCAACACCUUUUCCAAUUUUACACCACACCGAAACUGAACCUCCACCACCUCAUGUCCCAACUCUGCCACCUUUUCCUCAUCACCUUCACCCUUCUCCAUUCCCUCCUCCAAUUCCAAACAAUAUUGAUCACUCAACAAUAGUCCCAAUCAAAAAGCCUAAAUCUAUUCAACAGAGUUCCCCACCGAAAGUUAUUGUGAGCCAGCUUCCAAAACAAGUAUCAACCUCUAAACCCAAGUUAACAACAGUAAAACCAACUAUUACAAGAACUCCAGUUCCAAUCAUUGUGCAUUCGACUCCACCCCCCAGACCCUCCAAUCCACCUCCUAAUCCAACAGUAACAAGUUCCUUACCUCCUAGAGCAGUUACAUCAACUCUUCCUCCAUUGCAAUAUUCAACUGCUGGCCCUCCAAAUCCAUUUACAAGUGCAGCAUUUGAAAAUCCAUAUAAAACCACUCCAAGUCCAACCUAUGCCACAAGAAGACCAAAACCCACAGAAGUACAUGUUCCUCCUUACACUGAGGCAAUCAGUUCUAAAGAACAAUUGGGGAAGGUUCUGAAUCAGUUCAUAGAUAAAAUUUCUCCAACCCAAGAAGCAGAGAAGUCAUUGACCUUGGGUAAAGUCUUGACUGACUUUGUUGAGAUAUCGGACAAAGCAUUGACAAAGCAGGAAGAAGAAAAUGCUUUCAAAAAGGCUCAGUUAGGCCAAGUGCUAAACAACUUUAAAAGAAAAACAGGAGGAGCACAGAAACGAGUCCAGCUCAUAGGUCCAAUUGCUGUGAAAGCCAAUGGACCAUCUUCCUUCUCCCUGGUCCACUCAAACAACCCUGUUCAUGUUCAAACCUUCGUGAUCGAUGGACCUGAAAAUGUUCGACAUGAGAAAUCUGUCACUGGAUUUUUCUCUACCAAGCGGCCCAGCAUCCAUUUUGAUACUGAUGCGGAAAGCCAUUUGUCAACCUCAAAGAAGGUACUUUUAUCAAUAAAAUUGAUACUGAUGUGGAAAGCUAUUUGUCAACUUCAAAAAAGUACUUUUGUCAAUAAGAUUGAUACUGAUGCGGAAAGCUAUUUGUCAACUUCAAAGAAGCCGAGAGUUUCAGGGACAAUUUGA